GCAAGAUCUCGCAGCUGAACGCGCUAGCUGAAGAACAUCGGGCGAAAGCGAUCAUCCACACUGGCGAUUUUGGGUUCUACGGCAAGUCAACUCUGCCCCCUCACCGUCCUCAUACUCUGCAUGACUGAUGCCCUCCUGCGCACCGGACAGAGCAAUCUUCUCUGGCGCGUAUAGCCGACAAGACGCUGAGACACGUCAUACAAUACUCCAACUGCAUCUCUUCUCCCCUUCGAGCGCAACUGCUCGCCAACAAUGUCGCACCCUCUGAGCAACGCCAGCUCCUCUCCUCCGGCGACUCACAAGAUCCCAACAAGACCCACUUGUCCGAGUUCCCGCUCCUGCUCACGGGCGAGCUCGUACUGAAAGUACCGGUCUAUACGGUCUAUGGCGCUUGUGAGGAUGUAGCCGUCAUCGAGAAGAUCAAAGCCGCUCCCUCUGCGCCCAUCUCCGCCGCACCCGUCUCCACGCCCAAGAUGGCUCACCCUCCAUCGUACUCCAUACCCAACUUGACCAUCCUCUCCGAAUCGACAACGAGAGUGCUCGAUAUUGGCGGGCUAAAGCUCAGGUUGCUCGGUCUGGGGGGAGCAGUCAUCUCUCACAAGCUAUUCGAUAACGGCGAGGGGCCAGGUACGACAGCAGGUGCAGCCGGCACCAUGUGGACGACGAUACUCCAGAUUGGCGAACUCGUCGAUACUGCCCAGCGCGUCUACUCCCAAUCAGAGACGAGACUGUUCAUCUCUCAUGCUUCACCAGGCAAGGAAGGGCUCCUUGCCCAACUCGCUCUCGUUCUCAGAGCAGACUUUACCGUUUCGGCCAGUCUGCAUUUCAGGUAUGGCACGAGCUACAACGAGUUUAGCGUCCAGCAAGAUCAAGAUGCGUUCCGUCGGAAGCUGCUGCAGUCAAAGGACGCCUUCAACGAAGUCUGGGGCCGUGUUCGCGCAGAUGUCGAGGCGCAAAUCGAUGACGAGCAAAAGCCGCUGUUGGAGAAUGCGCUCGCAGUCACAAAUCGAGUUCCGCAAGAGCCCGUACCGCCAGGAUCUGCAAGCCCAGACGAUUUUGCCUACAAGAACGUCUGGCACUUCAACCUACCAGAUACAACGUACGGCAAUCUCAUCUUCGAUCUAGCAGACGGCAGAGUGUCCACAGAGAUGAAGUCUCAGGGCUUCCACUAUCUCUAUCGUCAGAACCCGCCUGCGCCGUCCACAGCGAGACCGAGCCUGCCGAGCAAAGGUCCUUCGGGGCCCUCCCCUCAAGCCACUCGAGCGCCAUCCCUCGCGCCUUCGAACGAACCUUCCCGCUCGCCGGCCCAUCGACCUCAACAACAUCGCGACGAUCAUCCACACGGAAGAGCAAACGGGUUCAAUCGUAACGAUCGCUUCUCCGGCAACUGGAACAACUCUCACAGUUCGAACAACGAGAGAGGGCCUUACAAUCAGCCGUCGGGGCCCAUGCACCGAGUAGGGCCAAAACCAGCAGACGCGCCUAUCAAGCCGCCUGCUGUCGGCCCUGUUGCGACUGACAGUGCAGCUCAGCGAGAGAACUCUGAGCGUCCUGGGUCAGCUACAGGUGGUCGAAAGACUCCCAAUUCCAACAAGCCUGGCAAACGUCCUCAGGGCGAUCGUCCGGAGCGCGCUCAGUCUGAAAAGCCACCGGCGAGCGAUGUGCCCGCGGCCGCUACACCGACAGGUGAAACAGUGCCAGAGAGCUCUCGACCCUCUCGUGGAGGUGGCAGAGGUCAUUCACGGGGAGGAAGCGCAGGAGGAUCGCGAGGAGGGCCGACGAGGGGAAGAGGAGGGAACAGACCAAAUGAGCCCAGAGAGCCUCGCGAACCGAGACCGCCAAGGGAGAACAAGCCAGAUGCGGCCAAACCACAGCCUGGUGCUGCAUCUGCUCCGAAAGCGGAGGCAGGAGAUGCGAAAGCUGCAUCUGCUAAGCCUGCUGCAGAUGCUAACGGGGCUUGAUGUCGUUGACGAAUUGCAACGUGUUCACAACCCCUGAGACCUGCUAAGAAUACUCUGCUAUCGCCAUGAAUCAAACUGAUCUGCUCUAACCGGUAA